AACUUGCAGUGUUUAGUGCCCUGGCUUUUGUUGUAACCUUGGUCGCGGAAUCGCUCUAUCAGUCUCACACGUAUAUAAAGCGAGGCGCAGAUAAAGGAAGUAGUCAACGAAGAUUGCCCCUUUUGGUGGAGUUCUUCUUCGGCGCCCGGUUUAGGGCUUGCUAAUGAGAAUCCGCAAGCCAUGGACAGUGGAAUUGGAGAUCUGCGAGCACUAUUAGAGGAAUUUGAUAAUAACCAGUUCGUUUCUGAUCCAUCCACUGCAAAUAGCUUCAAAGCCAAAGGGCCGCAGCCAUCACAGUCGGCGUCAGCCACCAUUGCCUCUAUCCCAAACAGUGUCUUUGAACUCCCUAACGAUACAUUUCUUCAAACCCCUUCAGCGCCCGACGUCAGUGCCACUGUCAUGCCCUCGUUUAGCAGCCUCCUAAAUGUGGAAUUUUGUUAUGAUAAUCUCAUCAGUCAGGAGAACGCUUUUAGCAGCUUAGAAUUGGGAGGGCAACUGCAGUCUUCUAAUCAGAGUAUGCUGUUCGACCUCACAAGUGUGCAGCCCAGCUCUUUGCCCUCUGUCUCUGACCCAAUCACCCACCUUGUGCCACCGCUGGCUUCAGGCGCCGCAGUUGAUUCACCAGAUGAUUCUGAAUUCUCAGAUAUUGUUGUCAGGUAUAUGCAAAUGCUCAUGGAGGGGAGCAAUGAUGAUAAAUUUGAUACCUAUUCAGAAAGCCCAGCUCUCUUAGCUGUAGAGAAGCCAUUUUAUGACAUCUUAGAUGAGAAAGUCUCGACUUCAAUUCAUAAGCCACUGGUAUUUUCUGGCCAUGUUUCGGAUGGUCCUGAUGAUUACACCAACGAUCACCAUUCUAACUCUACUGGCAGUGGCAGCACAGCCAAGGACGAUGAGCAUGCUGAGUCUUCUCAGUCACAGAUCAACCCUGUUGUAUAUAGUGAUUGUUUUCAAUCUACUCUUUUCUUGGAGAAUAGCUUUGGUGAUACAGUAGAUGGGAAGGCGAAAUCUAUUCUAGCAAUGUUUCCAUCUCCUGAUUUCCUUGCCGAAAGCCAGUCUGAUUCACAGUUCCAAAAGGGAUUCGAGGAAGGACAGAAAUUUCUUCCAAGUAACGAUAAGCUGGUGAUUGAUUUAGAGGUAGAUGAUUUCCGCUUACCGCAAGUGCCAACGAAAGGGAAAAAGGUGGUUGAGGCCAAAAAAGAGGACAAAGUUGAUGACAAUCAAGUUUCUUCAUCUAGGGGCAAGAAAAACCCACAUGGCCAGGAUGUGGAUUUGGAGGCAGGUAGGAGUAAUAAACAAUCAGCUAUCUUCUCUGAUGAUUCUCGCCGCACUGAUUUGCUUGAUGAGAUUCUGUUAUCCGAGGAGCUUUGUGUAAAUGCUGCUGCUAAACUUAAAACGAAAUUGCAGAAUGAGGCAAACAAAGUUUCUCGUAGCAGUAACUCAAAAGGAUCCGGUUCAGGGAAAAGUCGAGGGAGGAAACAAUCAAAGAGGGAGGUUGUGGACCUAAGCACUCUCUUAAUUCAUUGUGCUCAAGCUGUGGCUGCAGACGAUCCUCGCAAUGCAAAUGAAAUGUUGAAGCAGAUCAGACAGCAUUCUUCACCAGAAGGAGAUGCAAAUGAGAGACUAGCCCAUUACUUUGCGAAUGGCCUCCAGGCUCGCCUUGCUGGGACAGGAAGCCAGAUCUAUCAUUCCUUGACUUCAAAACGGUUUUCUGUUACUGAUGUUCUGAAGGCUUACCAGCUUUAUACAACUGCCUGCCCUUUUAGGAAGCUUUCCCAUUUUUUCUCCACCCAGACCAUCCUAGAUGUGGCAGAGAAGGCGACAAAGUUGCACAUCAUAGAUUUUGGUAUAUACUAUGGUUUACAAUGGCCAUGUUUCUUGCAACGCCUUUCUUAUCGCGGUAGGCCUCCCAAAGUUCGCAUUACUGGCAUUGAUACUCCUGUUGCUGGGUUCCGUCCAGCAGAGCUGAUUGAUGAAACUGGCCGCCGCUUAGCUGAUUAUGCUCGCAGUUUUAGCAUACCAUUUGAGUAUCGGUCAAUUGCAUCAGCCAAGUGGGAGACCAUUCGAGCAGAGGAUCUCCACCUCCAAAGCGACGAGGUGUUGGUUGUGAACUGUUUGUACAGGUUCAAGAGCCUCAUGGAUGAGACAGUGGUAGUAGAUAACCCAAGGGACAUGGUCUUAAACAAUAUACGAAGAAUGAAUCCGGAUGUCUUCAUUCAUGGCAUUGUUAAUGGCACAUACAGUGUGCCAUUCUUCGUUACACGCUUCCGAGAAGCUCUGUUCCACUACUCCUCUGUGUAUGACAUGAUCGAGACUAACGUGGUACAGAAGCAUGAGUCAAGACAGCUGAUUGAAAACGUCCUCUUUGGCCGCGAGGUUCUCAAUAUAAUUGCUUGUGAGGGCACAGAAAGAUUGGAGAGACCAGAGACCUACAAGCAAUGGGGUGUAAGGAAUCUAAGGGCAGGGUUUAUGCAGCUCCCAGUGAAUCGAGAUAUCAUGAAGAAAGCAAAAGAUAAGGUGAAGGCCUGCUACAACAAGGACUUUGUCGUCGACGAAGAUAGCAAAUGGAUGCUGCAAGGGUGGAAGGGUCGUAUUAUAUAUGCUUUAUCCUCAUGGAAACCCAAUAAUUUUCAUUAGCUUUAUUUCAUCAAAACCCACACGUAUUUUCUUCAGCUAAUGAUGUAAAUGCAGUUACAUGUAUUGUUUACUCAUGGAAGGAAUUUGGGUUUCGAUCUCUGUACUCUCUGACAUGAAAGACUUG